CCCCCCCGGGUGUGGAAGAUGAGAGUGACGGACUGACAUUGAGUGUUUGGAGUGAGCACCGAUGGACACUGUAGCUCAAAACUGCACUGACAGCAUCACAGGGAGCUGCCAUCGAGCAGGGGAGCCAUCGAGCAGGGGAGCCAUCGAGCAGGGGAGCCAUCGGCGCUGUCGUGUCCUCGGAGGCUUUUUUUUACUCCCGCAAACCACUGUUUGUGGAGGGAAAGGAGUGGAGGAUCAAAACUGCACCGACAUGGACCAACUGAUGACACGCUAUUACCUGCCCGCCUCCUACGCCAUCAUCUUCAUCGUGGGCCUCGUGGGCAACGUAACCGCCAUUGCCGUUUACGUGACGAAGCUGCGCCCCUGGAGGAGCAGCAGCAUCAUCAUGGUCAACCUGGCGCUCACCGACCUCCUCCACGUCCUCAGCAUGCCCUUUCUGGUCCACUACUACAGCACCGGGGACUGGACGCUCGGCGACUUCAUGUGCCGAUUGGUGCGAUUCGGCUUCCACUUCUACCUGUACGGUAGCGUCCUCUUCCUGACGUGCCUCGCGGUUUUCCGCUACGUGGUGGUGAUCAAGCCCCUGUGGGCGACGCAGGUGCAGCAGAGGCGUUGGGGCAUAAUCGCGUGCGCUGCCGUCUGGGCCAUCGCCGCUGCCGAAAUCACGCCAAUGCUGACGGUGAUAUCCCUUCAGGAGCUCAACAACGAGACCCACUGCUUGGACUUUGCGAACACCGACAACGUCGAUAACGUGCGGUUGUACGGCUGGCUGCUCACCGCAUUUGGAUUUGUUCUCCCUCUCGUGGUAGUGUUCCUGUGUUACAUCGGUAUCGUGAGACAGCUGGCGACGGGGCCCUACACGAGCAGCCCGUGUCGGGUGCGAGCGCGCCGCGUGACCGUGCUGAUCCUGGUGGUGUUCGUGGUGUGCUUCCUGCCGUAUCACGUCUUGCGCGUGCUGCGGAUCGAAACUCGAAAGAACCGGCCGACGUCGUGCCUGGUGGAGUCCAUCGUGCACACGGCGUACAUCAUCUCCAGGCCUCUGGCGGGACUCAACACGUUUUUUAACCUGGUUUUGUACACUCUCUCAGGUGAUAAGUUCAGGAAGGCCUUCCUCAGCAUCUUUUACUGGGACCGCGUGCUCACCAAGGCCAGGUCGGUAAUCCGUGUGGCCAUCAUCAGCAAAGCAGGCCGCGGCACGCAUGACGUGUGA